AUAAACGUUUUUGCCUCUUUUGGGUGUCACUGGGGAAAGGCUGCAAUGGAGUAAUGAGUCGUUGAACAGAAGAGAAGCUACUCUCUUGGUCGCCAACCCUCUUCCCUCUUUCUAUGGCAUUCCUUGUCGUCGACUAAUCAACGCCAACCAUCUUGAUUUCUGAAGUGUUCUAAGGUUGUCUGAAGUAAUGAUGCAUGUUGGUCACGAUGUGUCAACCGGAAAAUUAGUCGACUUAUGGACAAGACUUGCUUGAAGAUGCACUGUCGAACUGAUAGCCAUGAACAAGAAUGUCAUAUGGAAAAGGACAGUCAUGUUGAGGCUCCAGGUGUUGAAGUUCCUAAAGCCUCUAUCCGAAGAUCAUCCCGUUUACGGAGCAAGAAAAAAGUGUCGCCAUGCUCUCAAGAUGCAUGCAGAUCUUACCACAGUAGUUCUAACUAUACAAAGAAAUCUUUGAAAACAUGCCUAGACAGGGAGAGUUCUAUUUCUGAGAGCAAAAUCGAGGAAGAUAAUAAACAUAAAAUUCCGCAUAGAAAUGAAAAUAACUGUUUACUUUCAGCAGAUACCGCCUCCAUGAGAUCUUCUGCAGCAGGUCCCUCAUUUAAAUAUCAUGUCCGGGCAAAAGAUGGGAUCAGACUUCUUGUUGAUCUGAAUUUAAAACGAUCCAACUGGUUGAAAAGUAUGGAAAAAGCAGUUUGUGUAUGUCAAAAUCAUCAGAAGCCUGGAUUUGGAAGCUUCCGGCAGGAAGUUGAAUGUUUAAGAGAUAAAAAUAACCUUAAAAUUAAUUCACCUGCCAAAGCUAGUGCUUCGGAUGCAAGCAUGAAUUCUUAUGCACAAAACAAAUUUUCAAUUAAAUCAAUGAGUAGAGAAAUUGGGAAAACUCUUCCUUCAGUGGUAGAAAAGGAAGUAACUACUAUAUCCAGCCUAGAAUUUUCUACAAGAGAUGGUUAUACAAAGUCAUCGAAUUCAGUUGUCCCUGAUGCUCCCCAUGAACCAGCUUCCCUUUUGAACAUGACUGUAAUUGGUUCAAAAGUUCGGUCAAAGAAAGGAAAGAGCUCAGAGCUUGUACAUGUAAAUUGUCAAGAUACAACCAUGAAGGAGAAUUACAGUCCAAAUGCAGAAUGUCUAGAAGUUGUAGCCUUUUCUUCCGAGGAAAAUCAGUUUUCAGAUUUUUCAAGCCACCAGAAAGGUUCAUCAUGUUCUAGAACGGGAAUGAUAUGUUCUGAAAACUUAUUAACUAGCACUUUUGAGGUUAAUCAAGAAACUGCUGGUAAUCACAGACGUUCAACGGUUGAGAACAGGGAGAGUAUCAAUUCUGCUGAAGGAAUGGAAGUCUCAGGCAGAGAUGGGAACACGAUUGUGAUAUCAGCAUCUGAUGGUGGGCGUAAAAGAAGGAAACAUAACGACAAAAGCGAUUACAUCCAUGGUCAAUCUCAUCAAAGAAUUUUAAGAAGCACAAAACUGCUUGGUGGGCAAAUCCUUGAACAAGGUGGACUUGUCAUUCGGCGAUCCUCACGUCUGCUUUCUAAGGCUGUUCCAUUUGCCGGAAAGAUUCAUUGAAUUGAAGUUUCUGUAACUUUUCUGAUAAAUACCUUUAUACACCAAUAAUGAAAUGUUUCAUCACUUUUCUUGGUGGUA